UUUUCUUUUUCUUGUGUUGUUGCUUGUUGAUAUUGAUAAAGGGAUGGUUUUUAGUUUCUUUGGAUUAUUAUAUUAUAUGAUGCUGAUGAUAAAUGAGUUCUGUUGAACGUGAAAACUACUUAGUUUCUUCUUUCCUUAUUUCCCUCCAGCUCCUCCAUCUCUUUCUUCGCCUGCCUUUAUAUAUCUCUGCACUGUGUUCAUCCUAGAUUAUCUUUCUGCGUUUACACUUAAUGGCCCAUCUUGAUGCUAGCAGAGCCUCUGUUUCGUAUGAUACCGGUCAGGGAAAAGAUGAUCUUUAUGCAGAGUUAUGGAAGUCAUGUGCAGGCCCUUUGGUUGAGGUUCCCAGUAGGAAUGAGAGAGUGUAUUACUUCCCUCAGGGUCACAUGGAACAGUUACAAGCAUCCACAAAUCAAGAACUAGAUCAACAUAUUCCAAAGUUUAACCUUCCUUCCAAGAUCCUAUGUCGGGUCGUUAAUGUUCAGUUAUUGGCAGAACUGGAUACUGAUGAAGUCUAUGCACAAAUAACUCUACACCCAGAAGUAGAGCAAGCUGAGCCUACAAGUCCUGAUCCAUGCAUUGCUGAUCCCCCAAAGCCGCCUAUUCAUUCAUUUGUUAAGAUUUUGACAGCAUCGGACACAAGCACUCAUGGAGGAUUCUCUAUUUUCCGUAAACACGCAAAUGAGUGCCUUCCUCCAUUAGACGUGACCCAGGCAACCCCUACCCAGGACCUGGUUGCGAAAGAUCUUCAUGGAUUUGAGUGGAGAUUUAAGCAUGUUUUCCGAGGUCAACCUCGUCGGCAUCUGCUUACAACCGGGUGGAGCACAUUUGUAAGUUCAAAGAGAUUGAUUGCGGGGGAUUCUUUUGUUUUUCUAAGAGAUGAUGGUGGGGAAAUGCGUGUUGGGAUUCAUCGUCUUGCACAACAUCAAAGUCCCAUGCCUCCAUCAGUUAUAUCUAGCCAGAAUAUGCAUCUUGGGGUACUUGCAACUGCUUCUCAUGCAAUUACAACGCGGACUUUGUUUGUUGUGUAUUACAAACCAAGGACAAGCCAAUUCAUCGUUCGACUGAAUAAAUAUAUGGAGGCUGUCGCUUAUGGCUUUUCACUUGGCAUGCGGUUUAAAAUGAAAUUUGAAGGAGAAGAUUCUCCCGAAAGAAGGUUUUCGGGCACUAUAGUUGGGGUUGAAAAUCUCUCUCCACAAUGGUCAGAUUCUAAAUGGCGGUCCCUAAAGAUUCAAUGGGAUGAACCUGCAUCCAUACAUAGACCUCUGAGAGUUUCAGCUUGGGACAUCGAGCCUUUCGUAGCUUCUAAAUCCUCAGACCUCGCACUGGCAAUGAAGAUCAAAAGGCCCCGACCAGUUGGUAAUCAUUUAUCAGAUACUACUGCUUGGUAUGCUGCAACACCUUUCUGGUAUGCGGGAUCAAAUACAACUGUAGAACAGAGCAGCUUGGGUGGCACUACUGAAUUUGAAUACAUUGCAAAGCAAGUUGUUUGGCCUCCCAAGAAAAAAGAACAGCAUGACAAUUUUAUCAAUCAUUUCUCAAGAGGCCUUACUGAUGAAAGCUGGAAGGAUUCAGUGAAUUUAUUUCGUGAAUCAGCUCAAGACAAACCAUAUGUUACGACUCCACCAGUUAUGCCAGAGUACGACUCUCCUGCCUCGUCAAGGGCACACAAUGGUCUCGUACACGACCAAGUGGAACAGGUAAGAAGAACUGAGACUAGUGCUAGUUGCCGGUUAUUUGGCAUUGAUCUAAGAAACUCCAACAGCAUUCAAUCACCAACAAAGAAAGUUACAGAUUCAUUCAUUGCGACUGAUGGUGGUUUACAAGCCUCUUCUGAUACUCUGUUGGAAGUUGACAGAGCUAGAAAUUUAGACCUUCGUAAGGUAAAAGAGCAAGUCUUGGCAGAGGCACCAAAAAAGGAAACUGACAGCAAACAUGGUUCUAAUACUUCAAAAAGAACUCGUACUAAGGUGCAAAUGCAAGGGAUUGCUGUUGGCCGAGCUGUUGACUUGGCAUUAGUGGAAGGUUACGAUGACCUUAUAACUGAACUGGAAAGGAUGUUUGAGAUUAAGGGAGAGCUUAAGGAACGGAAAAAUUGGCAAGUUGUUUACACUGACCGAGAGGGUGAUAUGAUGCUAGUGGGCGAUGAUCCAUGGCUGGAAUUUUGUGGAAUAGCAAAGAAGAUCUUCAUAUACACGACCGAGGAAGUGAAGAAAAUGUCUGGGAACUGCAAGCUUCCUGGAUCAGCUUCAGAUGGUGAAGAAAAAAUAGUGAGCAUAGAAUCAGAAACUAAAUGUGAAGUCUAAACUUCGACUACUUUUUCUCGGGUAGUACUAAAGGGUUAAAUAGGUCAGUUACAAGGUGAAAAGGGAAUAAAAAAGCUUGCUCGCUACUUGUGGCUGGAAAGAUGCUGACAGUAGUAUGUGAAAGUGAGCAGUUGGCAAGGUUUCUACUGAAAGCUGUAAGAUAAAAAGCUUGGAGGUUAGGCUUGGGUUUUGUUAAAUGUAAAUACUAUGUUGUGGGUUGAUGAUCUUGUUUUUGGCUGAUCAGUUUGUUUGAAAAUGUACCAUGCUUGUGUUUGGUUGAAAGAUCAUAACAUGCUUGGCUACAAUGGGGGGACUGGACUGUCCCUUCCUAAUAUUAAUUGUUAUCAAAUAAAAUUAUUAAAAUUAAUCUA